AAGCUUCAUAAAAGGCUCCAACUUCCCCAGACAAGUAGGUGUACACACCUCUGACUCAAGCCAGAGCAGCAAGGUGUCCCCUUUGCCUUUGUGGCAGGACCUACACUCUUCCAACAGGGUACUACCCCUGACCAGGCCCAGAACAACUCUCCCGCUCUAAGAGUCCAGGGACCUACUUGCUGCUGAGGACGUCAUCCUGAAGGAAAGUGCUUCCGGUUUCUGAAGCAGCCAUGGCCACGGUACCUGAACCUGCCAAGGAAGUGAUGGCUAACAAUGGUGACAACAAUAAUGGUCUGUUAUUUGAGGCUGAUGGCCCCAAAGAGAUGAAGUGCCGCACCCAAAACCUUGACCUCAGCCCUCUGGGAGAUGGGAGCAUCCAGCUGCAAAUCUCCCACCAGCUCUGCAAUGAGAGCUCCAGGCAGACGGUGUCUGUGAUUGUGGCAAAGGAGAAGCCGAUGAAUCCCUCCUCCCAGGUCGUCUGCGAUGAUGACCCAAAGAGCAUCUUUUCAUCCGUCUUUGAAGAAGAGCCCAUCAUCCUUGAAAAGCAUGCCAAUGGUUUUCUCUGUGAUGCCACCCCCGUGCAGUCCGUGGACUGCAAACUCCAGGACAAAGAUGAAAAAGCCCUGGUGCUGGCUGGCCCACAUGAGCUGAAGGCUCUCCACCUCCUCACAGGGGACUUGAAGAGAGAAGUGGUGUUCUGCAUGAGCUUUGUGCAAGGAGAUGACAGCGAUGACAAGAUACCUGUGACCUUAGGGAUCAAGGGAAAGAAUCUGUACCUGUCUUGUGUGAUGAAAGAUGACACACCCACCCUGCAGCUGGAGGAUGUAGACCCCAAAAGUUACCCAAAGAGGGACAUGGAGAAGCGAUUUGUCUUCUACAAGACAGAAAUCAAGAACAGAGUUGAAUUCGAGUCUGCCCUGUACCCCAACUGGUACAUCAGCACCUCUCAGGCAGAACAAAAGCCCGUCUUCCUGGGAAACUCCAAAGGCCGCCAUGAUAUAACUGACUUCACCAUGGAAGUCCUCUCUCCCUAAGGAAAGCCAUACCCAGAGGGUCCACAUGGGCUGAAGAACCCCGGAGGCUGGCAGAAGGGGACUAGAAGAGUUGGUACAUGGUUGCUGCCUGAAUUUCACUAUUGCCUAAUCGAUGCCCAGCUGUCUUCCCUAGAUUAGUGCUAAGGAGAUCCCCCUGCCCCCCAGUGAGGAGGAACAGCCCCCUCCUCUCCAAGUCCAUGCCCAGACCCCAUCCUCUAAGCCAGCCUUCUCUCACCCCUUCUCCUCACUCAAAGCCAGCCUGGUGGAAACCAUGGCACACUAGGGUCACUGGCAGUCCUCUGUCCUUGGCACCCAGCUUCUCAUGAUCGAUCACUGAACUAUUUAUUUAUUUAAUUGUGGGUUGGUCUAUUUAACUUAAUUCAAGGGGGCCAAGAAGCAGCAGUGUCUGUGAAAGAUCUUAGUCUUCCAUAGCUAUGGAAUCAAUUUCUUUGGGGUGAGUGUGCCACCUUUAUCAUCUCUCACCAAGCCUGAAAACAUAAUAAGCUCAAAUUAUUUAAAGAAGAAUGCUUAUGAAUGAAGAAGGAUGAUCAGAUUGUUCAAUGAUUCUGAAAUAAAUGUCACGGAAAAACA